AACAUUCAGUGUAGUUGUACAAAGUUAUGGGUAUGCCGCGGCGGUAAGUGGAGAGGGCGUCGCGACGGCUAUUUCCGACGCCGCGCACCAUCUACGGACAAGCUGCGACGCCGCGCGCGCUCUUCGAAUAACGAACGCCGCACGCACACCAUCAACCCAGCAAAAAUGUGAAACAUGCACAUGUAAAGCGUCGAAGUUUACGAUUUACGCUACGUCGCAACGCCGAGUUGGACGUCGGACGUAGUGCGUCGCGACCACGUUGCAAUUAUCAAAAAAUCACAAAAACACCAUCGAAACUCAAUAAAUCCAUUAAAAUCAAAACAAGACGUAAUCUUAUAAAAAUACAAGACAUAUUGACAUUCCCGAACGCUUAAUUCGUGCAUUUUUAAAUAAAUUAAACUAAACUAAAAAAAAAGUUGAUAAAUAUUUGAUUGAGUGCAGCAUGCAGGUGUCCAAGAUUGAUCAGCGUCUUAUUCUAAUCGGUGAAUUAAUUAAUAAAUUAACCAAAUUAAAACAGGCCAAUACAUUAUUAAAAUAAGUUACAAUGCAGUCAGAAGUAGACGAAAUAAAUGGCGAGCACGACAUAUUACUAGCCAGUCAGAAUCAGAACCAGGACAACGAGCGAAAAAGACCUGUAAUUAAAAUGAUUCCGGAAUCUUUCACGUCUUCGGAUAUUGAAGACGAUGUUAAGCACGAGUCAACGCCAGUGGUGGAAAGUGAUGCGACGCUGGAAAACAACGAGACACUUCGCGCGUGGUUCCAACGCAUCACGCACAUGCAGAACGAGAUUCAAAAGAAACUACAAACGGAAGCAACCGCAUUCAACGCGUGUGCCCCACCUGUCGGUGAGAUGCAAACUCAAGUGUCUUUACCCAGAGGGCGUUCACCGCAAGUUCCGCCAUUGGUCCAAACACAACCUCACUUCCACCCCGCGCAUGCGCAAAGUAUGCAAACCGUUCAACAAUCAACGCGCGUAGUGAAAUAUCAGGAUUUACCGUAUAUGGGUGAAAUGACCUUGGAUAACUCCAAACCGCGCAGGGGUCGUAAACCGAAAAAGGCGGAUAUAUGCCAUUUGAUUUAUAAAAACUACGGAACGAUAUUUCCGGGUACGCCUAAUCCGAAGAGUUUAACUGAAAAACAUUCAGAAAAAAGUGGAAAGAAUGCCAAUGUUAAUCACAACGUGUUUGCGAAUGAUGACAGUUUGCAACGCAGCGAUGUACAAAAUAGAAUUAUCAGUAGUCUACUCGAGAAACGCCUCACGCAGGAAUCCAAACGUCAGGCACAAGGAGGUACUUCGUUGACAGUGAAUAAAAAGUUGAAACCUUCACAUGGAACGGCGGAACCGCUGAAUUUGUGUAUUCGUGAUUUGGAUCAUUUAAAAAUACGCCUGGGCGGCAUAAACAAACAGUUAAACAAUAAAAACAAUAGUGCUCAAGGUAGUGUCAAUCGAGAAGUGGCGGGAGUGUCAAAAACUGCUCAAUCGCCUCCACCAAAAGUGGAAAUCAAAGAAGAACGUCCCGAUAGUGAUGAUGAAGUGGAAUUUGUUCAUGAAACACCCUCCCCUGCAUCAGCAACUUCCACAACUUCAGAAUUUAAAUUUCCUGGAAAUUUAUCUGAGUUGUUGCCAACCGGAAGUACGGCCAUUUUGCCCGCAACUGAAAAUGGCGCACCACCAGGCGGGUAUGUCUACUGGCCGAACGCUGGUGUAUUUAUUCAUCCAUUAGCAUUGCAACAACAAUUGUUAUACUAUCAAAUGACGGGUUUGACAGAAGAUGGUGUAGCAUCAUCUUCUUACCCGGAAGUACCUAAAAAGUCUAAAACACCGAAAUCGAAAGCGUCUUCCACUAAAAGUGAAACUUCCGAAGAUGAAAGUUCAAAAGACUCGAAACGAGGAAGUGCCGCUUGUAGUUAUGAUAAAUCCCCAGCAAAACGGAAACGCAGCGCCAUCUUUAUCCCGCCUAUACCCACUGAGAACCAGAGUAAUCCCGCAACGGAAGUGUCAAUUUGUAAGUUCAAGUUUACCGGAGGUGCGAAACCCAGUUUACAAGAGAAGAAAAUGUUGUCGGUUGAUUCCGGAGGUAAUUUUCGAUACUAUUCCGGUACCGGUGAUAAAAGCAUGCGAGGAUAUGAGUUCUUCCCAAGGGAGACACUCCAACAGCAAGUGCACAACUCGCAAGGGUCUAGCACAGGCGCGUUUCUACAGGCGAGCGGUGAAAGAAUUUAUCCUUCAUCUCCCGUUGACUUUCCUGCGAAAGUGAAUGAAUUUAUGCUCACACCGGAAAUUAAACCGGAUUUACCUCCCUUGCAUCCGACUGUAUCGCCAUCUAGUUCUGAUGCGCGGAAUAAAAAGCGCAAGAGUAGGAAAUCUAUACAGCGGGAGAAACUUGAACAAACGUUCAAAGAGAAAGGAUUCUUGAUUCAAACGCAGCAGUUGGAAUCGGCCGAAGGUGCAACUUACUGUAAAUUCAGACAGUUGAGGAAGUUCACGCGAUAUUUAUUCCGAAGCUGGAAGGAUUACCUGCCUGGCAAUGUAGGAGAAAAUCCAGAUGGCGUACCGGUACCACCAGAAUUAAAUAAUGAGAGAUUACCGCAAGAAAUCGAUCAAAAUGAUGAUUUGUCUUUAAUUGGUGAUCAUGAGAGUGUGUCAAAUUUAUCCAGCCCGAGGAUGGCGGAAAAUACUAGUCCGCCAUUGUGACAAAUGGCUGCCUAAGCGGAUUUUCGGAUUUAUGUGCCAUUUUAACGCCGCCAUUUUGUGUAAAAGCAAGCCAAAGAACAAAAUGUCAUUGUUUGACGAUGGUUCGUGAAUGAAUGAUGUGAAUUUCUAGUUCAAGUGCAAAACGUUCUUCUUCUAGUCUUUGAAAACACUCGAAGCUUUGUAAUUGUUGUUGUUAUUAGCACAACAAUUAUUAUUUAGUUAAACAAGAACCACAAGACUCGACUAUUAAUCGAUUUUAAGAUUAAUAUUACUUAAUUUAUUGACCUGUAUUUAAAACGUUGUUAAAUGUUAGCGUUACAAUUCACAAAUUGCAUUUGAUUAAAACUACACUAAUAUAAAUAAUAAAAAUUCUAAACGACCAAAAUUUAAUGACCAAUAUGAAAUUUAAAAAAAAAUCUAUCGGAUUGUACAUAGAUUUUGUUAUGAAAAGAGUAUAUUUUCAUUCUUGUUUUUUGUAGAAACGUUUUACAAAUUUUGUGUUUAAAUCUGCAUAUUGUAACAAUUUUCAAACUAUGAAAGACAUUAAUAUACUAUUACCCUAUUAUCAAA